CGAAAGCAUCACUCUUAACUGUACAAUGUUACUGCAGGUACAUUUGCUCAUGCUGAUUUGGACUCUUUCAGUGGGCCAGGUGUCAUGCUGUGAUUACUCUGGGUCUAUGUGCGGUGCCCGAGGUCCAGGGGACAUCAUCAUUGGAGUACUAAAUGCCUGCCACUCUAAGGUGGCGAACCUGGAAGGGCGAAUUCAAGCAGAGAGAUUCAACUGCACAGGGUUUGACUUGGAAUCCUUUGUGGAGACCUUAGCCGUCAUUCACACGAUCGACACAAUCAAUGACUCUGGCUUCCUUCCUGGCAUCCGUCUUGGCUAUUUGGUCUGUGAUACAUGCUCAGACGCCAGCAAAGGAAUCCAAGAUGCCAUCCAUAUGUUGGCCAUCAACCAAACCAAGCCUUUCGGAUGUGACUUGAUAGAGCGACCAUUAGUUAAAGCAAUCAUUGGGGCACGUUAUUCAGAGGUAUCAACUGCUGUAGCCAGACUUCUGGGCCUCUAUAUGGUUCCCCAGAUAAGUGCCACGUCAUCUGCAAACACUCUGGACGAUACGUUACGAUAUCCGUCCUUUUUUUACGCACCAUACCUAGUGACGUGCAUCGACCCACGCCCUGGCCCAGCUCAUGGCCCAUUCUUCAAGUGGAACUGGGUGGGUGUCGUAUCCGGUGAUUAUGACGACUACGGGAGAGCCGCUCUACACGACUUCUUAAAAUAUGCCGAGGAUGUGAAUGUUGUGCGGACUUCAAUGAGGUCAUACCGCAUUACCUGGACCACCCUGAGAGCAGGCGACGGAUUGACGAGGUUGCUAACUCACAUCCAGUCCUCCGACGCUCGGGUGUUCUGCCUCAUCCUGAAGGGGCAGCUGGUGGAGCAGCUUUUUAGGGUGAUGAUCAGCAAGGGGAUCUCCAGGACCUGGAUUGCCACUGAUUCCUGGUCCCAGUAUCAAGCGGUGGCUGAAAUGACUGGGAUAUCAAUACGAUAGGAGACGUCUUUGGCAUUCGGUUCAUCACAGGGACCCAACCCCAGGGUACGAGCAUUUCCUCACCAACCUUUCGCCUGGCCAGGGGGCUGUGAAUAGGUUCAUCGAAGAGUACAAGGAUCUGAGGUUUGAAUGUUACUCCAGAGGCUCAGAAACACCAGGAUUGCCUUAAAGAUAGACCUGCAGACCAGUGUCCAUUACCUGACUCUCUGAAGCUGAAAUCGAAACUUGCUUGUGUGCUACCAGACCCUCAAAAAGCAAAUUGAUGACUUUUUGGCUCAGGCUCCUGAUCAGACGUAUGCUCUAUAGAUUGGCUACAUGGUCAUAGCGUUCGCUCUGCGAUCACUCCUCCAAUGCAACACAACUACAUGCCCCGGAGAGCGGGACUUUAAACCUGG